GCCGAGAUCUCUCCCUCACAUCCUAAUCCCAAUCCCAAUCCCAAACCCCCAAACCGGCAUCGCUUUCCGCUCCUCUCCCGAUUUCCGCUCCCCGGUCUCCACAUUUCUCCGCCUAUUUCCAUUUUCUUUUUUCCCCGUCGUCUUUCAAACUCCUCCUCUCCCCAGUCGGCACCGCCGCCAGCCAAGCAGCAGGCGCCACUUGGACUCCCCGCCCCGCGCCGGCGUCGACGACCGGGCCCGUGGAGGGCCCCGCCAGCUGCUGCUGCAGCGCCUCGCUUUCGCUCGCGUGCCGCCCGUGCCUGCCCCCAGAUGCGCGUUGGCCCGCGGAGGGGGAGGAGGAUAUCGUAGCGCGGCGGUGAUUCGAGUCGGAGAGAGGCGGCGGAAUGGGGUUCUGGUUGGGCCUGGCGAUGGGGGUCGCCGCCGGCGUCGCGCUCAUCGUCGCCUUCGCCCGCUGCGAGAACGCCCGCGCCGCCCGCCGCCGGAAGCUGGCUGCCACGGUUGCUACUUUCUCUAAAAUGACGGUCGAAGAUUCACGCAAGUUACUUCCAGGUACCCUGUACCCAUCCUGGGUUGUUUUCUCUACGCAGCAAAAGUUAAAAUGGCUUAAUGAGGAGCUCAACAAAAUAUGGCCCUUUGUGAAUGACGCAGCAUCAGAACUCAUCAAAGCCUCCGUUGAGCCUGUUCUUGAACAAUAUAGGCCAAUUGUCUUUGCUGCCCUCACGUUCUCAAAACUCACUCUUGGUACCGUUGCACCGCAGUUUACUGGUAUUUCAAUCAUUGAGAGUAAUGAAGAAGGUAUCGUUAUGGAGCUAGAGAUGAAUUGGGAUGCCAAUCCAAGUAUCAUAUUGGAUGUAAAAACUAGACUUGGGGUGGCAUUACCAAUACAGGUGAAGGACAUCGGCUUCACGGGAGUUUUCCGCUUGAUUUUCAAACCGCUGGUUGAACAACUGCCUUGCUUUGGAGCUGUUUGUUUUUCUCUAAGACAGAAGAAAAAACUGGAUUUCAAACUGAAGGUCAUUGGUGGCGAUAUUUCUGCUAUUCCUGGCAUUUCAGCUGCUCUUGAGGAAACUAUAAAAAAUGCUAUAGAAGACUCAAUAACAUGGCCAGUAAGGAAAGUCAUUCCUAUAGUACCUGGGGACUACAGUGAUCUGGAACUGAAACCUGUCGGUACAUUGGAAGUCAAGCUUGUGCAAGCAAGAGAUUUGACAAACAAGGAUCUGAUAGGAAAAUCGGAUCCUUUUGCCACUUUAUAUAUCCGACCAUUACCAGACAAAACCAAGAGAAGUAAAACAAUUAACAAUGAUCUCAAUCCCAUUUGGAAUGAACACUUUGAGUUUAUUGUUGAAGACGCUGAUACUCAGAGCGUGACAGUGAAGAUUUAUGAUGAUGACGGUAUUCAGGAAUCUGAUCUGAUUGGCUGUACUCAAGUUAGCCUGAAGGAUCUUCAACCUGGCAAAGUGAAGGAUGUAUGGCUGAAGCUUGUAAAAGAUUUGGAGAUUCAACGAGACAGGAAAGAUCGGGGUCAGGUGCACCUUGAGUUAGUCUAUUAUCCAUAUAACAUGAAGGAUGAGACUCCAAAUCCUUUCAAACAACAUUUUUCGAUGACUUCUUUGGAGAGGACAAUGACAAGUAAUGGAAAUGGAUCAGCUAGCAAAGAAUAUAUUAGAUUGUCAUCAAGGAAGAGAAAGGAAAUUAUCCUGCGAGGGGUUCUCUCAGUAACUGUGAUAUCUGGUGAAGAUCUGCCAGCAAUGGAUAUGAAUGGAAAGUCUGACCCAUAUGUUGUAGUUUCUCUCAAGAAAACAAAAACGAAGCACAAGACAAGGGUUGUGAAUGAAAGCUUGAACCCGGUUUGGAAUCAAACUUUUGACUUUGUUGUCGAAGAUGGCUUGCAUGACAUGCUUGUGCUGGAAGUUUAUGAUCAUGACACUUUCAGUAGAGAUUACAUGGGACGGUGCAUCCUGACCUUGACUAAGGUUUUGAUCGAAGAAGACUACACCGAUAGCUUCCCAUUGCAGGGAGCAAAGACCGGGAAGCUGAAGCUGCAUCUGAAGUGGUCGCCACAAUCAAUCAUGCGUGAUUCAGGAGAAGGAGCUUAACUUUCAGACCAUUCAAGUAUGUGCGCACAACUAUAUGUUUGCCUCUGGUUUCCGUGGGCGAAUACUGGGCUGGCUGUUUGCUAUGAUAUUUGGGUUUCCUUUCGAAAACCGGCUGGGGUUCAGUCAUCAUUUUUUCAGGUGUAAAUGAUUUCCAUUGUUUCGUCGCGGCAGAGUCUGUGGUGUCCAUAGAUCGAAUUCUGCAAUGGCAGUGACAGUGAUCAAACAGGGUUUAAUUUCGUUGUAACGCCGUGCUUCAAAGCACAUCUGUAAAUCCAGUAGAAACAAAUUCAGCUCUUGGGGGCAAUCGUGGAUGCGUUAUCACUCUCAUGAGGAUCAAUCCUUGCCAUUAAAUGCAAAACUAUGCCAUGUUAAUGGCAUUUGGCCC